CUGGUGCUUCUUGGAGGGUGUGGGCUUAUCGCAGUCUCUCACAGCUGUACCUUCCUGCGCAUCUCCAACACGGAAAAAAUCAGCAUUAAGUGGCGUUUAGGAAUAACGUUGAGUGGCUUCGAAAAGGUGGCAUUUUCGUAUUUCGCCUGGAGAAUUUCCUGAUUUCCUGAACGAAGGUUACACGUAGAUGGCUAAAUAUUUUUGCAAUCUGCAAGAUGGUACACAUCAAAUGCCACGGAAAUCAGACGCUCGUGCGUGAUGCUUUCGACUAGCUAAACAUAAUUUUAGCUAAUCGCAUGACAACAGAAUUUACUUUUAUUGAAAAAAAAAAAAUCUGCAAACAUCUGCAGCGUUGUGUGUAGCGAGAUUUAAAUAUUAAUAUGGGGGAAGCGUGCAGAAGGGGGGUUCUCAAACGACGGUAGGCCUGGAGAAAUAUCCCAUCGCUUUUGGAUUGGUAUUGACUAUGCCACUGUGAGGCGGUGAGUCUAACUGAGCAGUCUUGAUGUUGGCUGGCGAUGAAAUAGGCGACUGUAAACACAAAUAAAGGCGAGGCGCGUAUCCUUCCUGUAGCCUAUUGGAAAUUUACUAUUGUGUUUCCUCACUCCAGCUUUUGCUGUAAGCUUUUAUUUUGGAAACAAGAGCGGUGGAAACGGGAUUGUGAUAUUUAUUUAUUCGUUUAUCUGCAAACACACUGUGAAUGAGUUUGUCAGCAAUGGCGGGUCCCGAACAGAACCAACAGCAGGUCGAGGAAAUAGACGAUCAGCUGGAUGAUGCGGAGCUGGCUCUCCAGGGCAUUAAUAUGCUUCUCAACAAUGGCUUCAGAGAGAGCGACGAGUUGUUCAAAAGAUACAGGAAUCACAGCCCACUGAUGAGUUUUGGAGCCAGUUUCGUCAGUUUCCUGAACGCCAUGAUGACGUUUGAGGAGGAGAAGAUGCAGAUGGCCUGCGAGGACCUGCGGGCUACGGAGAAGCUGUGUGAGAGCGAUAACGUGGGGGUCAACGCCGGGGUCAUCGAAACCAUCAAAAACAAGAUUAAGAGGAGUAUGGACUCUCAGAGGUCUGGGGCCGUGGUGGUGGAUCGGCUGCAGAGACAGAUCAUCGUGGCGGACUGCCAGGUCUACCUCGCCGUGCUCUCCUUUGUGAAGCAGGAGCUCUCAGCGUACAUCAAAGGAGGCUGGAUCCUCCGCAAGGCCUGGAAGAUGUACAACAAGUGCUACAGCGACAUCAGCCUUCUGCAGGAGGCGUGUCAGAGGCGGGCCUCCCAGGAAGCUCCGCCCCUGGACCAGGCCAAUGACAACGCGCCGCCGCGGGGGGCCGCCACGGCCGAGGCGCUGGGCCGGCUCAAGGGCUCGGUGAGCUUCGGCUAUGGCCUCUUCCACCUGUGCAUCUCCAUGGUGCCGCCCCACCUGCUGAAGAUCGUCAACCUGCUGGGUUUCCCCGGCAACCGGCACCAGGGGCUGGCUUCUCUCGCGUACGCGAGUGAAAGUAAGGACAUGAAGGCCCCUCUUGCUACGCUGGCGUUGCUGUGGUAUCACACGGUGGUCCUGCCCUUCUUUGCUCUGGAUGGCUCAGACACGCAGAUGGGCCUGAUAGAGGCGAAAGGAAUCCUGCAGAACAAGGCGACGGUUUACCCAAACUCCUCCCUCUUCAUGUUCUUCAGAGGCAGGGUCCAGCGGCUGGAGUGCCAGAUAAACAGUGCCUUGACUUCCUUCAAUGAUGCAUUGGAGCUGGCGACAGACCAAAGGGAGAUCCAGCACGUUUGCCUGUAUGAAAUCGGCUGGUGCAGCAUGAUUGAGAUGAACUUCAGCGAUGCCUACAAGUCCUUUGAACGGCUGAAGAACGAGUCAAGGUGGUCGCAGUGCUACUACGCCUACCUGACCGGAGUGUGUCAGGGAGCUGCCGGGGAUCUUGAAGGAGCCAUCAGCGUCUUCAAGGAUGUCCAGAAGCUCUUCAAGAGGAAGAACAACCAGAUCGAGCAGUUCUCCUUGAAGCGGGCAGAGAGGCUGAGAAAGAUGAACCCCAGCAAGGAGUUGUGUAUCCUAGCAUCCAUCGAGGUCCUGUAUCUGUGGAAGGCCCUGACCAACUGCUCUACCUCCAAACUGCAGCUCAUGGGCCAAGUCCUACAGGGAAUUAAUGACAUGCAUUGCAUGGGUCUCAAAAACCUGCUUCUGGGAGCCAUUCACAAAUGCCUCGGAAACACAAAAGACGCCAUUCAGUGUUUCCAGCUGUCAGCCAGGGACGAGAUGGGCCGACUGAACAACUCCUACGUCCAGCCGUACGCCUGCUACGAGCUGGGCUGCGUCCUCCUCAGCAAGCCAGAGGCUGUAGGGAGAGGUAGAGCACUGCUCCUCCAGGCUAAGGAGGAUUUCGCCGGCUACGACUUUGAGAACAGGCUGCACGUGCGCAUCCACUCCGCCCUCGCGUCCGUGAGAGAGGUGGUGCCUCAGUGACUCCGCCUACCCACUCCGCCCACUUCCCCCAUAGGGUGGUCAUGGAAGACUUCAGAUAUAUGCUCAAGCUAGUGAGUUUAGGUGGGGGAGGGGGAUUCUAUCCAUGUUAUAUGGUCCUGAUGCUAACUCUCUUAUUUUCACUAUAACUGUGUGCUAAGCACUGUGUGUAUGUCGCCUAGCGACAGACACGGCAUUAGAAUACUAAAGUAAUUAUGCAUGACCAUUUUACAGAGUCUGGACCUGUAUUCAUAAAGCAUCUCUGAGUAGGAGUGCUGAGCUAGGAUCAGGUUCUCUUGGCCCAUAUUCUAACCAUAGCCAUUGCUGGCUAAAAAAGGCAAGCUGAUCCUAGACCAGCACGCUGCCUUUGAUAUGAGCUAUGAACAUAGGCCCUACAUUUGAGACACUUUAUGAAUACUGGCCCUGGAUGUAUUUGCACAAUCUGUCCUCACAUCACCCAUGCACCCUUCUGCUUGAUUUUAUAAUUCACUAUGAAGACCUUUCACAUUUACCAAUAAGGCAGGAUUUUACUUUUGAUUUUUAAUUUAAAAAAAUAUAUUUUUACAAUAAUAAAAAAUUACACUUUAAAGUGAAAGUGUGAAGACACGGCAGGUUGUAAUGAAACCUCUUUUGUUUGGAUUCGUCAGGUAGUUAUCCUGUUGGCGACCUGGCAGAGUGGAGUAGAUUGUGAUUGAAAGGGCAGUGCUGUAGUGUGCCGACUUGGUGCUCUCGUCAUACUUAAAACGAUCAAAGACGCAGCUUCCCAUGGUGUGUGUGUGUUGCUUUUUCUCUCUAUGUUGUGUUGCCAAAUACGUUUGCACUGAAAAUGUGUGGGCCCCCUGUUAUGAAGAGCAAGUCUAGGCCUGCAGAUUACUGUGAUGAGCUGCAAAAAGACAGCUCAAAUCGAGAGAAAGAGAGAGAUAGGAGCAGACAGAAAGAGACAAAAAUGUUCUUGAAUUGUUUACUGUUUUUCGAAUGACCCUUUACGAUUAAAAUUUUGUCACUUUUAGCCUAAGCGACUUGCAUUGCAGUGCAUUUAUCAUGGAAAGCAAACACUGCUAGAACUAGAGAUCGGCAGUUACAAUAACUUUGGUUUGCGGUUGUGUCAUGAAUCGGUCCAGUCAUCAUAGACAAUUUUACACCAUUCAUUCCAGUGAUCCAAUCAAAUAUAUGGCAUGAAUAAAUCAUCUUAGGAUGGUUUAUCACUGACAGUCUUAUACAAAUCUGAGGCACUUUAACACUUAGUAUUGUGAGGUAGCUAGACUGAUAAAACAUGAAUGAUGGCUGUUUUGACAGCUUGGUUGGUAUGGCAAGACCUUUUUAACCCUGUUAUUCUACAAACGCCUAAAUGCCCAAAACCAAAUUAUGUGCUUGCUAGUGAGUCAAAAAGUGAGUAUCUGACAAUGAAUAUUGCAUAGAGAAUGCAACACCUGUUAGUGUAUUGAUUGAAUGGGGAGGGAUUGCCAAUCAUCACUUGGCUUUCAGCAGAACUAAAGAAUAGACUGAUUUGUUUUCUAACAAUUGGUUUGGAGCUUUACGAAAAAAAUAUGGGCCCAGUGGUUGCGUUAAUGCAGGAUUCAGCGUUUUUUAAAGUAGAAAAAAAAGAACCAAAAUACAGUGGGGGGGAAAAAUACACUGCGUUCUAUAAAUGCAGAUAUUCCAAGGUUUAAAAAAAAAAAAAGAUUUCAGUGGGUGACGAGCCAGACUUGAGCUACAAAAAAAUAAUUACUCCUGUUUCUUUGAGCCAGGCGUCUUUCAGUGUUUGACAUCUGUGUUGUUUAUUGAUCAUAAUAUUUACACAGCCAUCGUUAGCAUUGUGAGAAUGAAGAGGAUGUUUAAUUUGAAUGAAAAGUUGAAAACACAAUGUCACGUUCUAGCUAGCUUGCUCAACAUGAGUAAAAUAAAACAGAAAUUCUUAAUAUUAUUAGCCUGUUUGGCAAAAAAUUUGUUUUUAUCAGAACGCCAAAACAUUAUUUAUAGUUUAUUUAUUUUAAUCCCGCUAUUAAUUUUGUUACAAGUGUGAUAAUAAAAUUAUGAACGACGUGUA